AUAAAAGAAAAGAAAAGAAAAAUCACCCGCUCCCCUGCGAUCCCUUCUCGCCAUUUCCGCGGCGCCACCGCACUCCGCCACUCUCCCCCUCCUCUCCUCCUCCUCCCAGAUCUCCUCCUCCUCCUCCUCCUCGCCGCCGGCGAUGGCCGACGACCCCCUCGACCCGCCGCCGGAGCCGCAGCCGCAGACGCUGCCGGCGGUAGCAGCCGCGUCCCCGUCCCCGUCCCCCCCGCCGCUCCUUCUCCGCCCCCGCCGCGAGGCCUUCGAGCACGGCCUCCUCCCCAUCCCCAAGCUCAUCUUCCCCGAGGGCACGCUCGCGCACACCCUCGCCCAGGUCAAGGACAAGCUCGCCUCCGCCGCGGAUGGAGGAGGCCGCGUGGCCGCGGCGGCGCUCGCGGAGGCGCUGCAGAUCCCGCACGAGCAGGCGGCGCUCGCGCUCGCCACGCUCGCCGCGGUGCUCCCCGCGGACGACCCCGCGCUGGACUCCGGCGGCGGGGGCAGGGCCGACCUCCGCGACGUGCUGCUCUUCCUCUACAUCCAGUCGUACAAGCGCCUCGUGCCCCGCGCGCACAAGGACUCGCCCGCCGUCACCGACGUCUGGCCCUCCACCUCCGCCUUCGACGGCUACCUCUCCGCGCUCUCCCCGAUCCAGCUUGUACGCAGUAAUAGCCGUCGAUUCAUGCCUUCUCAAGCUGAUGAGGAAAUUCACCAGCUAUCUUAUCUGCAAAAGCAUAUGGCCAAUAUUCUUACUCUGUUGGCCGAUUCUGUUGAGGGCGAAGGUGAUGAUUCUCUGGUAUUGACCAUGGAGACAUUUGAACACCUUGGAUUUCUACUGAAGUUCUCAGAAGGAACACCCUUAAGCCAGGCAGCCACUUUUUUUGCAAAUUCUGAUCCUGACAUGCCUGCUGCCCCUGUACCUGCUGCCCAGGUUCAUGAUUGGAUCUCACAGAAUAUAUCUGCUUCACUGGAAUUCUCUACCGAGAAGUCCAUAUCAAAGGAAGUUAGCCAGCAGGUUACUUCCGAUAUAGACGUCACAAUGGCUGAUGCCAAUGCUAGUAAUGCAAGGAACAGCACACCGACUGGUACAAAUCCUGCAUACUACAGAAACACAACAUUUGUGGAAGGCUUCUCCAAAACUUCUGUUGUCAAGCACGCGUCUGAUGUCAAAGGACAUUCAGUGAAGGUUUUAAAUUGCCAUGAGUCUGUUAUCUACAUAUUGGCACCAUUGAAGUACGCAACUGUGUAUGGAUGUUCUGAUGCUACUGUUGUUCUUGGUGCUAUUGGUAAGGUUGUUAAGGUGGAGCAUUGUGAAAGAGUUCAUAUUAUUGCAGCUGCUAAAUGGAUUUGUAUUGCUAACUGUCGUGAGUGCAUAUUCUACCUGGGAGUAAAUCACCAACCUCUUAUUGUGGGGGACAACCAUAAAUUACAAGUUGCUCCAUUUAAUACCUACUACCCACAAUUGGGUGAACAUCUGGCAAAAGUUGGUGUGGAUCCUGCAAUCAAUAAAUGGGACCAGCCUUUUGUGUUGGGAGUUGUUGAUCCGCACGAUUCAUUAUCCCAUCCCGCGGGGGUUUCUGAUGUUCAGGCUGAAUCUGCAGCUCGUCUAGAUCCUGAUCUAUUCACAAACUUUAUGAUUCCUAGUUGGUUUGGGACUGAAGUGCAAGAACCUACAAAAUGCUGUCCUUUUCCAUUGCCUGAAAUUUAUUGUGCAUCCCAGAGCAAAAAGCUUGCUGCACUGGAAGAUAUUAGGAGGACUAUUCGGGAGCUGCAAAUUGAUGACAAUAGGAAGAAGGAAUUGACAAAUGCCCUCCAUGCACAGUUCAAAGAUUGGUUAUAUGCUUCAGGCAACAUCCGCCAGCUCUACUGCCUGCAAGGCGACUGAACAUGCGAUCAUCUGCUUUCAUAAAAUGGACCUGUUUACUCAAAAUAUUCGACCGUGUCGGUUGAAGCUGACCUUACUCCCAGGUGCGAACCAAUAAUGUAAAAAAAACAUGUACUUCAUCCUAUUUCUGCAAAGUAGUUUGAUGUAUUUCUCCAAUUCUUUUCCCAUUUGCUGUGGCGUCAGUCGUUGGGAUGUCAUCUUUCUUUUCAUUUUCUGGUGAUUACACAUUUUUGGCCCUUCCAUAAAUAACACGGAUAAGCCAGUGUAAUAGGGAUUAAUUAAUUAAUUAAUUAUGAACCAACUUUGGAGAAAUGACCUAUAUAAACACUUGAUUUCCCCACGUGGUGGUCCACAUAUCAAAUCAUUAGCAUUCGGUUUC